AUGGCGAAUGUUAUUAAUAAUAAUAAUUCAACACUAAUUCUUGAAAAGAAACGCAGCCUUUCUCCGGCUACGACGGAGGAAGUCCGUGUAGUAGGUAUAUCUGAAUAUGAGGGGGCAGCUCAGUGUCUCGCUGAAGCUUUUGCUACAGACGAGGUGGCAAGGUACUUCAUUGACACUGAUGACAUGAGUUCUUAUUCCGAGAAAUACAAAUGGAAACUUCAUUGCGAUAUUCUCAAGUAUAUGACUGCUGCCCAUUGCUACAAAGGUAUAGUGACGACCAUCGGUCCAAACUAUGAUGCAGUCGCUCUAUGGAUGCCCCCCGGCCAAGAUAUGGACGACUGGCUCACCUUUUUCCGCAGCGGCCUCUGGAAACUCUACUUUAAACUUUCCGCCGAAGGCCGAAAACGUUUCUACGAUGAAUUCAUGCCUCUCCUUCACCACACCAUCGACCAUGUCAUGGGCGAGCGCAACAACAACUUUUACUACCUCGUCUAUCUCGGCAGCAAACCCAGCGCUAGAGGAAAAGGAUACGCGAAGAAAUUAAUCCAGCAUAUGACUGAUCGAGCAGACCGCGAAAAUCGUCCUACGUAUCUAGAGUCGAGCGCCGAGAUCAAUUUGAGCUAUUACCGCAAGCUGGGGUUUGAGUGGAAGACGGAUAUUUUGAUGGAGAGGGGCAGCAAGCCUGUUAAGAUGCAGAUUAUGGUUAGAGAGCCGAGAUUUGUCGGGGAGAGCUCCAAUGGAAAGGAGGAUGUGGAGAUUAGGAUGAUUGAGUGA